AUGAAGCUUAACAUCUUCCCUCUCACCCUCAUGCUCCUGGCCCUCUUGAUCCAGGGGGUGAUGUCGAAGGUGAUCGAUGCUGAUGCCAAUAUCGACUCUGAUGCGGGUAUCGAGCCGAACGUCCCAGCCAUGAAUGACACCGAUCUGGAUGCGGCCAACUUGGAGCCUGCUAUGUCUGUCCAGGUCUGUUCUGGUAAAUGCAAAACCGGAAUUGACAGAUGCCUUGUCUAUUGCGACCACAACAUGGAGGCCACCACAUGGGCAUGCAACAAGAUUACUCCGGUGUGUGAUACAACAUACUCAAAUGACGAUACUCGACACUGA